CAAAUAAUUCUCAAAUCGAUACACAGCAUACUUGGAAUAAUUGCUAAAUCGAUGCAUAACUUGAUUUCUUGUAUCUCCAUGGCAUUCAGUUCAACUUGUUUUCGGGCUCAUAAUUUAUUUGAUCCGGGCAAUUAUUAUGGGGGGCUUGUGUGAGUAUGGCAAGUAAACCGUAUGUGAGGCAAAAUAAUGUGUAGGGUUGUGUUUGAGGAUAUGCGGUGUUGUGAAAUGGUUCAGUCCGAGCCGCCGUGCAUUUAGCCAACAUAAUCGUGCAGCCAGAUGGGCGUUGAUUGGUCGGUCGGACUGGACGUACGGGCCCGCUCUGGAGCUUCUGCCGUCACCCCGUCAUCAGACGUGCUCCGGGGGGGAGGGACGCUUUGCUGACUCAACGGACUGAUCCCACCACAUUCUCCCCGGCUCUCUCCCCCCCGCCCCGUGCCGCCACUCGGUCACAUCAGAUGCACUCUGCAGAUCUUGCCGCUGCUGCUCAGAUGAGAUAAGCGUCCUCUUCGUGCUGCAGGAGAAGAAGGACGCGAGAGCUGGCUUGGAAGAAAACGUCGGAUUUAAAGGAUUAUUUAUUUGGGCUAUUUUUUUGCUGCUGCCCCCCCCCUCCCCCCCAUUAAGACGGAAAAAAAAAAGAUCGUGGAUUCCAAUCUCCGGAGGUGAUGUGAGCCGGACUCAAAGCGAGACCAGGGUGGAAUCCGCAGAGGAGCUGUCCGUCCGUCGUGGUGCUGAUGCGGCUGUGAGGCGAGCAUGGCUGCCGGGAAGUUGCUGCUCUACGCCGGGCUCGCUCUGUCUCUCUGCGCCCUGGGCAUGCUGGCCGUGGCGAUGUGCUCCGACCACUGGUACGAGACCGACGCCAGACGCUACAAGGAGCGCUGCCAGAGCUUCUCGAGCCGCCGCAAGGACCCGGGCUUCAUCUACAUCCCUAACAACAGCCUGCCGCUGCGGGCCGGCCGGAGCGCCGCGACCCGCUGGGAGGAGAAGCUGCUGUUGGCCCGCAACCGACGGCAGCUGUUCGCCAUGAGCGCCGCGGACGAGUGCAACAGGCAGUACAACUCCACCAAUAUGGGGCUGUGGAGGAAAUGCCACCGGCUGGGCUUCGAUCAGGGAAUCGAAGAUCUCAUCCGGAAAGGUUCCAUCGCGAGAUGCUCCUACAUCAAGUACCACUACUCCUCGGGCACAAUACCCAAAAACCUGUCCUACAACAUCACCAAGACAAUAAGGCAGGAUGAGUGGCACUCCCUGCAUUUGCGGCGAAUGACGGCAGGCUUCAUGGGCAUGGCGGUGGCCAUCAUCCUGUUCGGCUGGAUCAUCGGCGUGCUCGGUUGCUGCUGGGAUCGAGGACUCAUGCAGUACGUGGCUGGCCUGCUGUUCCUGAUGGGAGGCACCUUCUGCAUCAUCUCCCUGUGCACCUGCGUCGCCGGCAUCAACUUUGAGCUGUCGCGCUACCCGCGCUACCUGUACGGCCUGCCCGACGACAUCGGCCACGGCUACGGCUGGUCCAUGUUCUGCGCCUGGGGAGGUCUGGGCCUGACCCUCAUCGCCGGCUUCUUCUGCACAUUGGCGCCCUCCGUGCAGCCCAUACCGAGGUCCACCUGCCCCAAAUCCCGACAAGAGAACGGCACCGUGUGCUAAAGCGGGCCCCGAAAUUGCUCCUCCUACCCCUUCCCCUGACGCGGAAAAAAAAAUAAAAUAAAAUCACCAUUUGUCCAUCCGUCGACCGAUCAUCGCCGCUCUCUCCUGGUUACCGAUUGUUUUGGAAGUUUUUUUUUUUUUCUUUCUGUGUUUAAAAAUGGGUGUUUGAAGAUCUGCUAUAUUGCAACAAAAAAUAGAGAGAUAAAAACAAAAAAA